ACACUGGCCAAGACACAGAGCAUCAUGAAGUGGUUGGUCCUGGUCCUGGUCUGUCUCCACCUGUCGGAGGGGCUGGAGAGAGUCAUUCUGAAGAAAGGGAAAUCCAUUAGGGAGAACAUGAAGGAGAAAGGAGUGCUGGAGGAAUUUCUGAAGAAAAACUAUGUUGAUCCUGCAUCAAAAUACCUCUUGAAUGAAUACAACAUUGCUUACGAACCAAUAACCAACUACUUGAAUUCAUUCUACUUUGGACAGAUCAGCAUUGGGACUCCACCACAGGACUUCCUUGUUGUUAUGGAUACUGGCUCCUCCAAUCUCUGGGUACCAUCUGUGUAUUGUAGUACGGCAGCUUGUGAAAACCACAAUCGAUUUAACCCCAGUGCAUCUUCUACAUACUACAACAAUGGACAGACCUAUACUCUCUACUAUGGGAGUGGUGACUUGACCGUCAUGCUAGGCUAUGAUACUGUGCAGGUCCAGAAUAUUGUCAUUCAAAACCAGGAGUUUGGCCUGAGUGAGAAUGAACCUGCCACUCCUUUCUACUAUGCCAAUUUUGAUGGGAUUUUGGGCAUGGCUUAUCCUGCCUUAGCUGUAGGAGGGUCAUACACAGCCAUGCAGUCGAUGAUGAGGCAGGGGCAGCUCUCUGAACCCAUCUUCAGCUUCUAUUUCUCACGCCAACCAACUGUUCAGUAUGGAGGUGAAUUGAUCUUAGGAGGUGUUGACACUCAACUGUACUCAGGAGAAAUUGCCUGGGCACCCGUCACUCGUGAGCUUUACUGGCAGAUUGGUAUUGAGGAGUUUGCCAUUGGGGAUGAGGCUACUGGCUGGUGCAGUGAAGGCUGCCAAGGAAUUGUAGACACUGGAACUUGCCAGCUGACUAUCCCUCAGCAGUACAUUGGGACAUUCCUGCAGGCUAUAGGAGCUGAACAAUACAAUGGAGAGUAUGUGGUGAACUGCAACAAUGUCCAGAACAUGCCCACCAUCACCUUUGUCAUUAAUGGAGUCCAGUUCCCACUGCCUCCCUCUGCCUAUAUCUCUGAAAGCAAUGGAUACUGCAUAGCUGGAAUUGAGACCACAUACUUGGCUUCCUCAAAUGGGCAGCCCCUAUGGAUCCUCGGUGAUGUCUUCCUUAAGGAAUAUUAUUCCGUCUUUGACAUGGCUAAUAACAGGGUGGGCUUUGCACCAUCGGCUUAGACAGCACAAAGGCCAUUCCCUCUUUAGUCUCCUGCUACUGUUCUCUUGGACUCAAACGAAUCAUAUUAAAUUAUGUUUGAAGGAA